GCAGCAGUCCUCCCUCAGUCCUGGAGCAGGAGAUGAGGGCUCGGCAGCGCGGAGCUGCGUGACGGGGGCACAGCGCCCACCCAGCCGUUUCUGCUAAAAAAAAAUACACGCCCAGAAACCACUCGGGAAGGAUCCGGAGCUUCUCUUCUGCAGCACCAUGCGCGCGGGCUCCACUCGCGGCGCGCUGCUGUCAGUCUACUACCCCCAGAUCCUCCUCAUCCUCAGCAGCGGCAGCUACCUUGCCCUGUCCUCGGUGGUGGCUCUGGGAGCGAAUAUUAUCUGCAACAAGAUCCCCGGACUGGCCCCCCGACAACGCGCCAUCUGCCAAAGCCGCCCGGACGCUAUCAUCGUUAUCGGUGAGGGUGCUCAGAUGGGCAUCAACGAGUGCCAGUACCAGUUCCGCUACGGCCGCUGGAACUGCUCUGCACUGGGAGAGAGGACCGUCUUCGGCCAGGAGCUGCGAGUGGGCAGCAAGGAGGCAGCGUUCACCUACGCCAUCACAGCAGCAGGCGUGGCCCACGCAGUCACGGCAGCCUGCAGCCAGGGCAACCUGAGCCACUGCGGCUGCGACAGGGAAAAGCAGGGCUACCACGACCACGAGGAGGGCUGGAAAUGGGGCGGUUGCUCGGCUGAUGUCAAGUACGGAGUGGAGUUCUCCAGGCGUUUUGUGGACGCCCGCGAGAUAAAAAAAAACGCCCGCAGGCUGAUGAACCUGCACAACAAUGAGGCAGGCAGAAAGGUCCUGGAGGAGAGGAUGAAAUUGGAAUGUAAGUGCCACGGCGUCUCUGGCUCGUGCACCACCAAGACAUGCUGGACAACGCUGCCCAAGUUCCGGGAGAUUGGUUACGCCUUGAAAGAGCGUUAUGGGGCGGCCGUGCAGGUAGAGGCGGUGCGGGCCACUCGUCUGCGACAGCCCUCUUUCCUGCGCCUCAAGCAGGCACGUGGCUACAUUAAACCCACUGACACAGAUCUAGUUUACCUGGAGCGCUCACCGAACUACUGCGAAGAGGACGUGGCCACAGGCAGCACAGGGACACGGGGGCGACUUUGCAACCACACCUCACCCCACCCGGAUGGCUGCAGCCUCAUGUGCUGCGGCCGCGGCCACGACACCCACCAGUACACCCGCGUGUGGCAGUGCAACUGCAAGUUCCAGUGGUGCUGCUUUGUUAAGUGCAACACCUGCAGUGAAAAGACAGAGGUGUUCACCUGCAAGUGAGGAUGAGGAGGAUGAGGAUGAGGGAAGGACAGGCAUGAGGCCGCCAAAAAUGAAGCGGAAUAGGAAGUAAUCUCGCUUUUUCACGGCUUCAUUUUGCACAUCGGGCACUCUUUACCAAGAAAGAGGACAGAAGUUGAAGAGUCUCUGGAGGGAAAAUGGAAAAAUGCACUGACUAUGCUUUCUAUGAUAUAUGUGGGAACACAUACAAGGCAGGGAGCUCAGUUCUCAGUCUCUGAAGCUCAAGGAAGGUCAACGGAGGCUUCUUCUGUGGAUCUGAUGCUCUCCACAUUGACUAACAAUUGCCAGAGAAAGAAGCUAAAUAAGGGAUGAGAAAAUAGAAUUAACACAAAAUCUCAAAACUGGAGCUGUUGUCAAAUGUAUGGGAUGGAAGAAGGAAAGGGUAGGAGACAGGAACACUGCAGAGAGUAAAAUGCUGGAAUGCUUGGUCACACUGUAUCUUUGGAACACUGAAAAAUGACUGCUUUUCGUUUCCUUUCCUUUGGAGAGAAAACUGAUAAUGCGUUGAUGUACUGACUUUGUU